CUUUGAUAGCAGCGUCUCUCUUUAAAAACGUCGAAAGACACCCGAGCCUUCUUGAAGUAGUAUCGAUAUGAGCUCGUUUGCUCCUUUGUGACAAAAAUGGAGAAUUCAGAGACCAGUCCAUCAGUGAGGCCUCUGGCAGUGCCGGACAGAGGCGUGGUGCGACCCUCGGGUUCGACUGGUCACCCGUCAGAGUCAACCAGGCCCUCCAAGCACAGGGAGCAACCGUCCAAGUCACCAAGGAGACGGCGGGAGGGAAAGAGGUCGCAGCGACGGGGGGAUGGUCAUGAACAGCUGCUGUGGGAGAUCGAGCGGCGGAGGUUGCCAGGCCAACACGAGCACUUGGAGCCCUCUGGUUCGGCGAGCGACACAGCGGAAAGCUCUCCUAAGAGAAGAGCCCACUUUCUACAUGGGCCUUAUCCAGCCACUCACUUCGGACCCAAAGCCUGUAUUCUUCCAAACCCAACUUCAGUCAUGCACAUCCAGGACCCGGCCAGCCAGAGGCUCACUUGGAAUAAACCUCCAGUCAACGUGCUUGUCAUCAGGAAAAUCAGAGAUGAGAGCCUGGUUGAGCCGUUCAAAGAGCUCUGCAGGUUUCUAGUGGAGGAGAAGCAGAUGAUGGUGUACGUGGAGCGCAGGGUUGCAGAUGACGCUACACUGUCAAAGGACGAGGCCUUCGGCUCCAUCCGCAAUCAGCUCUGCACCUUUAGAGAAGGUUAUGAUGAUAUCUCUGACUGCAUCGACCUCAUCAUCUGUCUGGGUGGGGAUGGGACUUUGCUUUACGCCUCCUCUCUUUUCCAGGGCAGCGUUCCUCCAGUUAUGGCGUUCCACCUCGGCUCUCUAGGUUUUCUGACUCCCUUCAAGUUUGAGUCAUACAAGACUGAAGUGGCCAAAGUGUUUGAAGGCAACGCAGCCAUCACUCUGAGGAGUCGUCUGAAGGUGAAGGUGGUGAAGGACAUGCUUCAGAGAACAGGACAGCAGUCGUACAGCAGAGAGCAACAGCAGGAGCAAAAUGGACUCCUUCCUCAUGGACAUACCAACAGUGAGGCCGGCAAGGUCACUCUGCAGCUGCAGGUGUUGAAUGAGGUGGUGGUGGACCGUGGCCCAUCCUCCUACCUGUCCAAUGUGGACUUGUAUCUUGACGGACGACUCAUCACCUCAGUGCAGGGAGACGGUGUGAUUGUGUCCACACCUACAGGCAGCACAGCGUAUGCAGCCGCAGCAGGAGCCUCAAUGAUCCACCCCAACGUUCCCGCUAUCAUGGUCACUCCCAUCUGCCCACACUCGCUGUCCUUCAGGCCAAUCGUGGUCCCUGCUGGAGUGGAGUUGAUGAUCACCUUGUCUCCGGAUGCCAGGAACACAGCCUGGGUGUCGUUUGACGGCAGGAAGAGACAGGAGAUACAGCACGGAGACUGUAUUAAAAUCACCACGUCCUGUUACCCGGUGCCGUCUAUCUGUUGUCAUGACCUGGUGUACGACUGGUUUGAGAGUCUGGCUCAGUGUUUGCACUGGAACGUACGCAAGAGGCAGGCCCGACUCGCUGACGUCUCCGACUCAUCCGACACAGAAAACUGAAGAUUUGGGUAUUUCCUGGCAAAAGACUUUCAGCUGACGUUCUCCACACCAGCAUAGUGAGAAUGAGGGGGUCAGGUUUGUGUCUAUGGCCUGAUCCGUGUGACACUGGUCCUAAGAACAGCAUGUAUAAUGAUCAUACUGUGUACACAGUAUUUUACACAAAGAGUCAUCAUCUCAUUGCAUUCCAGUCUCACACUGCAGCCCCAUCUGUAGCUUCCAGGAAGAAAGCAUGUUUCUCCUUUAGAGAAGAAAAAAAAUUAUCUAAAUGAUUACAUAAUAAUGCAAUGUGAAUAAUGAUGAUCACCUAAAGCUCCUCAUGAAUAUUUCUGAAAACUGUUUUACUUUGAACACUUAAUCAUUAACGCAAUGUUAAGUGUCAGAAGUGUACAAGUUACUGGCCGCGAUUCAUCAGAAUCAUAGGUAGAAAAACAUGAAUAAAACUGAAAUCAAACUGAUAGACUUUUACGUUAACCGAUAAAUGUAAAUUUGUACAUAUAGAAUUUUAGUAUUAAUGUGUUUAAAAUGUAUGUGAUAUUUAUAUAUUUUCAAAACAGGAGUUUGAAAUAGUUGGAAAAAUAGCCCAUUUAAAACUUGUCAAGUCAACCAAAUACAACUGUAUGUGACUGUUUUCUGCUCUUGUAUAAUCCAGAACCUUUGUUGUCUGUGUGCGUACACAUGUACAUUCUUUCAGUUGCCUUCACAAGUGUUCUGCCUGAGUUUAAAUACAAAUCAGAUUGCAUGUAGUAGGACUGAUGCAGAUGAACCGGCUGUCAUUUUCAUGAUUAAUAAACUGUCACAUUGUCAAAGGAUGUGGCAAAGGGUGGUAAUGGUCAAAUAAAGCUUCAAAACUGUCCAACUUU